AUGGAGUGGCCCCCGAAGAAGGCAUUUACGCCUUACGAACCAUACACGACCCGCAUGCGCGCCACGAAGGACGGACCAAGCCGUCACGACAAGCUCCUCACCUCACUCGGCAACUACACGGGCGCCGCCCGCACUGAAGCUGAGAAUGCCAUCCUGGAGCACGGUACCGGCGGCGGCGAGCACGACCACACCGUCGCGAGUGAGCUCGAGGUCAAGCAGACGGACGACAGUGAGAGCGACACGAGUCUGGGAACGGCUUCGAAGAUCUUGCCCAGCCACGCCGACAAUGCGUCUCACUUGAAGAGCCACGCCGACGACGCGUCUACCAUCUCCCCGACCAACGUCCCCCAUGGUUCGCGCGCCAUGACGGAUAGGGCCAAUGACGAUUCGCUGGCCAUUGCUCCCGGGUUUGUCAAGAAAAGGAAGUCCAAGAUGGUGAGAGCGUGGAAGAAGGAAGAAGCAUUUCGGCAGAAGACGAUGGAGGAGAAGGCCACGUCCGACGAGGCUGCAGCCUACUUGCAGAAGCGUUGGGGUCACGACGUGACUCAAUACCUCCCGGCUCAGUGUCAGUAUCCAGGUGACAAGCAGCGAGACAUGGACAAAUGGGGAUCCGGUGUCGUUCGUCACUUGGCAGUCCUCGCCGAGCUCACCCCGGACAGUGGCACGAGGCAACAGGCACUGGACUUCAUACGUGAGGCGUAUGAGAAGAGGAUCAGGUCUCAAGGUGUCUGCCGGGAAGACGUUGUUACUGCUAUCAAGAUGUUCAAGGAAGCCAACGCCGAGAAGUUGGCACUUGACAGCAACAACGUGGACGAGUACGUGCCCUUGGUUGAGCAGCGGAAGCCUUCAGGAGAGGAUGAUAUCCUCGCAAUGGACGUCGACACUCUACGCCUUGAACUGGCCAAGGCGCGUCUUCUCUUGAAGCUGGACGGGUAG